AACAUUUAGAGCGUUGCGCACUUCAAAGCUUACUGGAAACAUUUUUUCAAAUUUACACUGCUCAGCAUGAAUUCGUCGACGAUGAUAUUCUAUGUGAUGGUCGUGUCGUUGCUCCUGCUGUUUAUCACACCGGUCGCUGAGUCCACCAUCGUUUUCUUCGCCUGUCUGUACAAUUUGAGCAUCUGUCCUUUCCGCGCGACGACUCUGAGAAUGGAAUCAGCGAGUACAUAA